UCCACACUGUCGCAAAAACCGUAAACUCUGCUGAAAAGCGUUUGAAAUGAAGAGGACACAGAACAACAAAAAGGUGCAUUAAAGUUGUCAGAUACUUCACAGAUCGAGUCUCAGCGGGCUUCGAGAUCCACAUGGCAACGUUCAGCGGAGAAGGAAUAAACCACCUGUUAGUAGAAGUGAGUCCUGACAUCCACAUCUGUGGCUUCUGCAAACAGCAGUACAACAACUUUGAACACUUCUUUGCACACAAGCAAAACUGCUGCCAGAUCCCGUCGACUCAUAUAUCAUCCCGAAACGCUGGGCCCAGUGAGUCGUUUCAGACAUGUGUACCAAAAGUCAAAAAGACCCUCACCAAAGCCCAGAAAGCCCCCUCCAAAAAGCUGAAACCUGCACUAAGUCAAAAAAGACACACAUGCACAUUCUCAGGUUGUACAUUCAAAACUCAGUAUGGCCAAAAAGACAUGGAGAGACAUAUUUUAACACACACUGGUGAGAGGCCUUUCGAGUGUGAACUCUGCCAUAAACGCUUUAGUCGUCGCGAUAAGCUGAAUCUUCACAGCCGUUUGCACACGGGAGAGAAACCGCACAAGUGUAAGUACUGUCCGUACGCAGCGGCCGACAGCAGUAGCCUGAAGAAGCAUCUUCGCAUCCACUAUGAUGAGAGACCCUUUAAGUGUCAGAUAUGCCCUUACGCCAGCCGCAACUCCAGCCAGCUGACCGUUCACCUCCGAUCUCACACAGGUGACGCCCCGUUCCAGUGCAAUCAAUGCGAUGCCAAAUUCAAGAUCAACUCCGACCUGAAGCGCCACAGUCGGGUUCACUCCGGCGAGAAGCCUUAUAAGUGUGAUCUCUGUGAAUAUCGCUGUGCGAUGAAGGCUAAUUUAAAAUCGCACGUGCAGCUGAAACACAGCGCCUCGGACUGCUUCCGCUGCUCGAAAUGCGAAUUCCAGUGCUCCGCCAAAGCUGCUCUGCGACACCAUUCCCGCCAACACCAGCCGGCCCAGCCUUUGCAGUGCAGCGAGUGCAGUUACUCCUGCUCAAGCAAGGGGGCGCUCAAGAUCCACGAACGCGUGCACUCAGACGAACGACCCUUUAAGUGCGAGCACUGUUCAUUUGCUAGUAAGCAGCGCAGUAAUUUGUUAAUUCACAGGAGGAAGUGUCACGCAGAUAAACUGGACAAGCAGGGUAAGUCUGGAAGAGAACGCGAAAUGGGGGAGGAGCCUCCCAAACCUCUCAGCUCGCGUUACAGAGCGAGACUGGAAGCAGCACGAGCAUUUCGUUGCGACUUGUGCGAGGCUUCAUUCGUCAGGGAAGACUCUCUUCGCAGCCACAAGAGGCAGCAUAACAGUAACGUCCAACAACAAAGUCAAACUGUUACCAAUCAACCAAUACAAACAGCGGGACAAACCUCCGUCACAGCCGACACACCGUCUUCCUACAACACGACACAUCUUAAGAUCAUCAUGGCACCCUCUGUAGGACCGGAGGCUACUUUUGUCCAAGCUGCCACUGGAAAGGCUGGAGCCAUUCUGCUCGGUCCAGAGGAUCACAACGUGCUUUUGAACCCCGUAAUACAGCACGUCAACAUGCUAGCGCCAGAAUCCAGCCUCGAGCACCAGACGGUUUUACUCACUCAGAUCGACUCCAGUGAAACCAGCCCUCAAACCAGUACCCAUAACUUCAUCGCCUCCUGUUCUGCGUCCGCUUCCAACGGCACACACACCUUCAUAACAUCCUGUUCUGACCUGGAAAGCCUCCACAAGCUCAUCCAGGAGGGUGGGACUGAGGUUACGGUGGUAACGGAGACAAAUCCAGCGAUUGCCACCACAAAAGAACCCCUGAACAUUGAUGGUUCCUCGUCUCGAGACAUUACUGAGCACGCUGAAGACAGUUUAGAUAUGGGACCACCUGAAACCAUUCUUGUUCAAAGUCUCCCUCUGUCGAUUUCAACACAGGAACAGGACCAACUGUCUCCACACCAUUUAUUUUCAGACUCCAAUACGGUGGACAUCAGUGAUUCGUAGUUUUUUGCGUGAAUAACGAGAUUCCACUGUGAUAUUGACUUUAAUUAGGCUAGACACCAUAUUGAAUUAAAUACGGGUGAAAAUGAGACUGUGAAGAUUGGUCCUA